GUGUAGUGACCCAGCCUGGUCCACGAUGUCUCGAAGUGGCCGCUCCAAGAGGACAAGGUCAUCCACAGGCCAGUGUGAGCCUCCUCAGGGACCAGGCGUCCAUGUCUAUCUGUUCUGGACCAAGGGAGGGGAGCGCUAUCUGACCCACACAGAGGGCAAGGUGACAGCUGAGGAGCUUUCUAUCUCUGCAGCACAGACUGUGGGUAAGAGCAAGUGCCAUUUAUUUUUCUAAUGAAACAGAUACAAUAUUUUGUGCGAGUAUUGAGAAGGAAUUUAGGGCUCUCAGGUUAGCUGUGUGGUGUUCUGUUUCCUCAUGUUUGAGGACAUUGGCAGCCUGGCACAUAAGGGUGUAUGUGGGUUGAUGACCCCAGGCAUCUGGGUUGCACAGUGCAUUCGGAAUGUAUUCAGAACCCUUCACUUUUUCCACAUUUUGUUACGUUCAGCCUUAUUCUAAAAUGAUUUAAAUAGUUUAUUUUCUUCAUCAAUCUACACACAAUACCCCAUAAUGACAAAUCAAAAACAGGUUUUGAGAAAUGUUUGCAAAUGUAUUACAAAUAAAAAAACGGAAAUAUCACAUUUACAUAAGGAUUCAGACUCUUUACUUUGUUGAAGCACCUUUUGGCAGCGAUUACAGCCUCAAGUCUUCUUGGGUAUGAGGCUACAGGCUUGGCACACCUGUAUUCUUCUCUGCAGAUCCUCUCAAGCUCUGUCAGGUUGGAUGGGGAGCGUUGCUGAACAGCUAUUUUCAGGUCUCUCCAGAGAUGUUCGAUCGGGUUCAGGUCCGGUCUCUGGAUGGGCCACUCAAGGACAUUCAGAGACUUGUCCUGAAGCCACUCCUGCGUUGUCUUGGCUGUGUGCUUAGAGUCGUUGUCCUGUUGGAAGAUGAACCUUCAACCCAGUCGGAGGUCCUGAGCACUCUGGAGCAGGUUUUCAUCAAGGAUCUCUCUGUACUUUGCUCCGUUCAUCUUUCCGUCGAUCCUGACUAGUCUCCCAGUCUCUGCCGCUGAAAAACAUCCCCAAAGCAUGAUGCUGCCACCACCAUGCUUCACCGUAGGGAUGUUAUUUGCCAGGUAAUGAGCGGUGCCUGGUUUCCUCCAGACGUGACACUUGGCAUUCAGGCCAAAGAGUUCAAUUUUGGUUUCAUCAGAACAGAGAAUCUUGUUUCUCAUGGUCUGAGAGUCCUUUAGGUGCCCUUUGGCAAACUCCAAGCGGGUUGACGUGCCUUUUACUGAGGAGUGGCUUCCGUCUGGCCACUCUACCAUAAAGGCCUGAUUGGUGCUGAAGAGAUGGUUAUCCUUCUGGAAAGUUCUCCCAUUUCCAUAGAGGAACUCAAGAGCUCUGUCAGAGUGACCAUCGGGUUCUUGGUCACCUCCCUGACCAAGGCCCUUAUGAAUUUACCACAUGUGGACUCCAAUCAAGUUGUAGAAACAUCUCAAGGAUGAUCAAUGGAAACAAGAUGCACCUGAGCUCAAUUUUCGAGUCUCAUAGAAAAGGGUAUGAAUACUUAUGUAAAUUAGGUAUUUCUGGGGUUUUUUACAUUAGCAAAAAUGUUUAAAAACCUGUUUUCACUUUGUCAUUAUGGGGUAUUGUGUGUAGAUUGAUGAGGAAAAUAAACUAUUUAAUCCACUUUAGAAUAAGGCUAUAAAGUAACAAAAUACGGAAAGGAGUCUGAAUACUUUUCGAAUGCACUUUAUGUCAUUGAAAGGGUUUAUCCAAGGUGUGUGUAACCUACAUAUCUGUCCCCCCUAGGUAUCACUCCACUGUGCCAUGUUCUGUUUUCCCUAUAUGACCCUGAAUCCCACUGCUGGUACAGUCCAAACCAUUUCUUCAACCCAGAAGAGAAGACAAGCCUGACACUCCAUUAUCGCAUGAGGUUAGUUAGUGUGUGUGUGUGUGUAAAAAAGGCUGUCCUGCUCCCCUCUCUACCUACAUUUCCCACAGUCCCUUCAGUUUCCCUUGAGUCCCGUUAGUUUGGCUGUUCAGCAUACCUUCGUUAUCCCUCACCCAUCAUAGCCCUGCCAUUCCCAACCAAUCAGAGCGAUUGGAAAGGCGCAUCUGGACACUGCACCCACCCACUCAGGUCAGAGUGUUAUCGUUGUCCGAAGAAAGAAGACGCAUAUUUCUGAUGACUAUUUUUAUUGUGGACAGUAACCUGAAUGUGGUGCGUGCAUUGCGAAAUAACCACAAAUCAUUUGGAGUAACACAAGUACUAUUCCACCAAGAUUCACUCCCAGUCAAGAUUCAUGUUAUAUUACCAAAAGUGGGUGUGUGCUUAAUGUGUGUUUCUCUCUUUAUCUAUAAUUGUUACUAUGGUGUGAACGGGAAAUACAAUUGGCAGUGGUGUAAAGUAACUAAGUAGUCGUGUGUGGCUCAGUUAGUAGAGCAUGGCGCUUGCAACGCCAGGGUUGUGUGUUCGAUUCCCACUGGGGACCGGAAUUGAAAAUGUGUGCACUCACUACUGUAAGUCGCUCUGGAUAAGAGCGUCUGCUAAAUGACUGAAAUGAAAUGUAAUGAAAAGGAAAUAAAAACCCUGAAAAGAGAAGCAUCAGCAUUGUUCUCACCGGACCCAAAUCCCAGUCAGCAUAAUUGUACUAGCAGGUGAGAGCAUUCACAGCCGACCGCUCAGACGGGCGAGGGCAUACCAGCCAACCGUUUUUAUAGUGUGUGUUUGUGUGAAAGAGUGUUAGUAUCGGUCUGUAUGGGGAGACUAUGCACUGUAUGCUUUUACGUACAGGCAUAUUUCUAUAGGGGAUUUUCUCUUUCUGUUCCCAGGUUUUACUUUCGGAAUUGGCAUGGGUUGAGUGAGAAGGAGCCGUCAGUGCUGCGAUAUGACCCACAGUCAGGGACAGGGCACGAGGGUUCACCUCUACUGGAAAUGCCCUCCCUGGAAUACCUCUUCUCCCAGGUGAGUUUCAGAAUGAGGCGUGGUUUAUCCCAAAUGUGUUUGUAUUCAUAUAUUCCUGUGGAAGUGUACAUUCACAUAACAAUCCUGUGUCACACUUACAUUUUCAUAUUGUGAACAUGUGUAAGAAAAAGUAAUAAGUCAUUUCCUUUUUGUUUCUCUUAGGCAAAGUUUGAUUUUGUGAAUGAUGUCGUGCCGAUGGAGGAUGCUCAGGGAAAGGAAGAAUUGAGUCGCUUUAAGAAUGAGAGUCUGGGGAUGGCUGUGCUGCACCUCUCUCACCAGGCCCUGCACUCAGGCUGCACGCUACAGGAAGUGGCCAAGUCUGUCAGGUAAGCCAUGAGUCAGAGUGGAUGGGUGCAUUGCUUCAGGAAGGGCUUUGACAAGGUUUCAGACAUUACAAGGUUUCAGACAUUACUGAGGCUGUGUUCAAAAUGUCACCUUAUUCACUAUCAAAAGUAGUGCACUAUAUAGGGAAUCUAGUUCCAUUACAAACGCAGCCUUAAUGUUUUGUAUUACUUCCAUAUUCCCCUUGUCAUACUGUAGCUUCCUGCGCUGCAUUCCGAGAUCCUUCUCCAAACACAUAGCGAGGGACAACUUCCUGACCAAGAUCCGUAUCCGGCGUGUGUUUGCUGACUUUGUGAGGAACUUCCAGGAGCACACUGUGGACGUAGGACGCCUGGGCUCCCAGGAGGUCAUGUAUAAAUACCUGUCUACUCUGGAGCACCUAGCCCCCCACUUCGGCACUGAGACCUUCCUCGCGGCCCACCUGGAGCUGAGGCAGGACGGGGGCGACGGGAGCGGCUCCUACCUCACCACCAGCCACGCCCACGGGGCCUCUGACCCUGAGAACUUUGGCCCUCAGGCCACGCAUGAAGUCAUGGUGUCUGGUACCAAGGGGAUUCAGUGGAGGAAGAUCACUGUGCAGAAGGUAUGUCUGUCUGUCCCAUUGGAUGUCUAUCAGGCUCUUUUGACUUCUAAUUAGAACUGUGAGUUUUGCCUUUGUGUGUUUCUCGUAGUAUGCCUUCUUUGGGAUGUUCUGUAACUUUGUCUAUCCAUUCUAGGCUCAGGCCAACAGUUACUUUGGGAAUGAUUACUUAGGGAAUCGGAAAAGUGUGAAGCAAUCGCUCCUCCAGCAAGAACCCAAAUCCUUCGACACAUGGACGUCUUUCUGCGACUUCCCUGAAAUCUCCCACAUCGCCAUCACUGGAGCCAACGUCAGCAUCAUUAAACAGGACAACUUCUCUAUGGUUAGAGCACCUGCCUCUCAACUGCUUUCUGUUGGGCCCCAAUUUUAUCUUGAAAUAUACACACUUAACUCAAGAUUUAUACAAAAUCCUGAGUCAAGUGUUCAGAUCUCAAGUUAGGUUUGGGUGUGUGUGUGAAGUUGCAUCUUACUAUAUGAUGUAUGUCUAUAUGGAAGCGGGGUAUCUGACUGUGAAAUGUGUGUAGGUGGUGUUUUCUGGGGAUGAUAUGUUUAUAUGUGUGUAGGAGGUUGAAAUGAUGUCCAGCCUGGAGGCUCUGUCUUUCGUCUCUCUCCUGGACGGGUACUUCCGGCUCACUGCAGACGCACACCACUACCUGUGUCACGAGGUGGCUCCGCCCAGAGUAGUGCUCAGUGCCACCAAUGGCCUCCAUGGACCAAUGAAGUGAGUAACACACACACACACAUACACACACUGCCCUGGCUCCCACUACAAUUCUGACUGUCUUUUUCAGUGAUGACUUUGUGCUGCAGAGACUGAGGAAGGAAGCAGUUGAAGAGGGAGCCUUUCUUGUGCGCUGGAGCGUCCUCGACUACCACCGCAUCAUAUUAGCUGUUCUAAACAAGAGUCAGGUAAAAGUGCCUCCACAUCAAACCCUGAAGGAUGGGGAACAUGGCAAAUGUAGGGUAAAAAAAUAUAAAAGCAAUACAAUGUCAUUAGAAGUUAUAUAUUUGGAUGCAUGUGUGUGUCUUUGCUGGCCUCCUAUAGAAUGGACAAGCUGCAAUCCACAAGCAGUUCAGGAUCCUGCAGAGGGGUUCAGUGUUUUCUCUGGAAGGCUGGGACCGAGAGUUCUCCACUGUCAAGGAGCUCACCGACAGCCUCAAGACCUUUGUGCUCAAGUCUGGCACAGACAAUUUCACUGUGAAGAAAUGCUGCCUACCCCGACCUGCAGGUUAGUUUUUGUGUGAUGUGUGUUUUAUAGAUGUGCAUUGGUGCUGUGCUAACUUAAAACAGCUCAACAUAUGUACAGAGAUGUUAUUCUGUAAGGGAGUGUUGUAUUGUGUGUCCAUGUUUUCCUGUACUGUAUUUGAACGAGUGUUUGUGUGUGCUGUAGAACUGUCCAACCUCUUGGUGAUGAGGCAGGGUGCGGACCAGUGUGUUCAGCCUGACUCUGUGGCCCUCUGUCUGACUCAGCUGAGGUUCCAUCAGAUCAAAGAAAAGGAGAUCACCCAGGUGAGAGAGAGAGAGCAUUCUUCUCUUCUAUAUAUCUCUCUGCCCUCCUUUGUGUAUGUUUCACCUGGGUUAUAUUCAGUAGGGCACACCGUAGCGAAACAAUUUGCAACGGUACCUCCCAGUUUCACUUAAUUUCAAGACAUUUUUCCCUACUGAACACUGAUGCACUUCUCUAUCUUUGUCCAGGUUGUACCCAGUACUUCUAAAAUGUCUGUAUGUCUGUUUGUCCCUGUGCUCAGGAGCAGCAUCUGGGCCGUGGGACCAGGACCAACAUAUACUCGGGCAUUCUGUUGGUGUGGGGCGGAGCGGAGGAUGAGGAUGAGGAGGACAAGUGGAACAACAACCUUACUGAUUGCAAAGGGAUCCGAGUGGUUCUUAAGAUCUUGGACCAGAGCCACAAGGACAUAGCAUUAGUGAGUUACCAUUACUGUAUCAUUGCCAGCUCAUUAUCCUCUUAUAAGCAUUUAUCGCGUGAUGAGUAACCUUACCUGAGACCUGAAGACUUUAGCUCUGUCAAAUAAUGCCUGGGCUUUAGCUCUGUGCGAUAACACCAUCCCACGUUCCAAUUCAGUUUGCCACUAUCACGCAACGGUUUCUUAUGGACCUUGUUGUUUCUAAACUACCGUUUUCACCAAUUCAACUCUGUUGAAUGUGAACCUUUGUUUACAAUGUCAUGAUAAUCCUUCCUCUUUCCUGUCCUCUCGUAGGCGUUCUUUGAAACAGCCAGUCUGAUGAGCCAAGUAUCUCACAGUCACCUGGUCUUUGUACACGGAGUGUCUGUCAAAGGAUCUGAGAGUAAGUCACCAUGCCACUACUCAACCUCACACUUCCUCAUUCAGCUGUGCAACUUCCUUCUUCAGCGCUGACACUUCCCUCUCAGAAGGUGAAUUGUAUUGGUUGUUUGAAUUACAAGGCAACUGUACUGGUGUACAGUACAACCACAAGUCCGACUCUCAGCCAAACCAUAGCCCUUUAAUUAGACUCAAUACAUUGACGUUACGGUCAUCUGUAACAGUAAGUGGUGUGAUCCUUGAUAAUAAUUCUUGUCUUUGACCUGUCUGCAGACAUCAUGGUGGAGGAGUUUGUGGAGUUUGGGCCUCUGGAUGUGUUCCUGCGAAGGGAAAGGGCGCUGGUCACUCCUCAGUGGAAAUUUACUGUAGCCAAACAGCUGGCCAGUGCCUUGAGCUACCUCGUAAGUCAGCCUGAUACCCUCACAUCACAAACAACUACCAUUAUUCCUCACUCAUUAUAUGAAACAAUUAUAUUUUAGGGUGUUGGGGUAUCCUGUCUUCUGUGAUAGCCCCUCCAUUUCAAACUCCAAACCCUUGUGUCUAUAGUUAAUUUAUUGCCAACCCUUAUCUCCCACUGUUGAGUGUCCUUAAUGUACUGUAUGUUGUAACCCCUACCACCUGGUUACUGCAGGAGACUAAACAACUGGUACAUGGUAACGUCUGUGCCAAAAACAUUCUGGUGGCUCGCCGUGGUCUGGAGCAGGGCACCUUUCCCUUCAUCAAGCUGAGCGAUCCAGGCAUCGCCCUCAACGUGCUGUCCAGAGAAGGUUAGUUCCUACCUGACCAAUAAAACAGUUAGUUCCUACCAGACCACUUCCAUGUUGGGCAACACUACAUGACAAAUAGAAUCUCUCCACAGUGAGUUAUUUUAUUUUGGCUACUCUUGAUUUCCGUCUCUGGUGGUUUUGCUUGCUCUUCAUUCUUUUAGAUCAGAUUGAGUCACAGGAAGCCCUGCGCAAAUCACUUCCUGGUUGCUGUGAGGCCCAUUUCCUGUUGUCUUGCACUUGUCAUCAUAUUGACACUUUGCACGAAGGCUUUAGAGGUCAUGUUGUUUGUGCUGUGAGACCAUGUGAUUCAUGUAGCUACAGAAUGUAGUGGUAUUAUAUAGCCGAGCCUGGUCUGAGUUAGGCUGUCUGUGUGCUCUACAGAGCGUGUCGAGCGAAUCCCAUGGAUCGCCCCGGAGUGUGUGCCAAGCGGUGCCCCCAUCGGCCGCGCUGCCGACCAGUGGAGCUUUGGUGCCACACUGCUGGAGAUCUGCAACAAUGGAGAUUUGCCCAUGAGUGGCAGCACACUCACUGAGGUACCUACAGCCCUAUCAUCACUGCCCUCCAAUUCUCCUCCUCUAAUCAUAACUAAUUUAUCUGCCAUCCUCUUGCCAUGCCUGUGAUUCAUGCUGACCCCUGACCUCUCUCCUGCCAACAGAAAGAGCGUUUUUACGCGACGCGGAGUCGCCUCACCGAGCCCUCGUCGCAGGAACUGGCCAGCUUCAUUAGCAUGUGUUUGACCUACGAACCCCGGGAGAGGCCGUCCUUCCGCACUGUGCUUCGAGAGCUCACUGAGCUACAGAUCAAGAGUAUGUCCUCUCCUUUUAUUCAGUUUCCUCUUCUGUCUUUAGAUUGACCACAUUUUAAUGAUUGAUUACUGUUGCUUUAAUGUUGCUGUCAUGGUUUCUGAUCAGAUCCUGACAUAUCCCCCCUGGAGUCUCGCCCCGACGUUGACCCGAACGUUUUCCUAAAACGCUACUUGAAAAAGAUCCGGGACUUAGGAGAGGUGAGUUAAUUUCCCCGCAGAACAACAUGACUCUUAUAAACCUUCUUCUAGAAGAACAGCGCCGGAAGAAGAUGGCUGCCGUUUUACAGCCCUCUAACCAAUUGUACUAUUAUGUGUGUUUUUCCGCGUUAUUUGUAAUUUAUUUUGUACAUAAUGUUUAUGCCAUCGUCUCUUAUAACCAAAGAGAGCUUCUGGAUAUCAGGACAGCGAUUACUCACCUCGCGUUGGACGAACACUUUUUUUUCAACGAGGCGUUCGCGAAGGAUAUUCUACAGACUCCAGACAAGGCCCAGAUCCCCGUCAUUCGCGUGAGGAAGAGACGGAGAUACCGUGGACGUAGGUCGGGGUGCCUUGUAAAGAUCCGACGGCGAACGAGUAAACUGCCUCUCCCAUCAAUCCUAUUAGCCAACGUUCAAGCUUUGGAUAAUAAAAUGGACGAUUUAAGAUUACGGUUAUCCUACCAACGGGACAUUAAAAACUGUAAUAUCUUAUGUUUCACGGAGUCGUGGCUGAAUGACAACAAUGACAACAUUCAGCUAGCAGGCUAUACGCUACAUCGGCAGGACAGAACGGCAGACUCGGGUAAGACGAGGGGUGGCGGUCUCUGUAUUUUUGUAAACAACAGCUGGUGCACAAAAUCAAAUACUAAGGAAGUCUCAAGGUUUUGCUCGCCUGAGGUAGAGUAUCUUAUGAUAAGCUGUAGACCACACUAUUUACCAAGAGAGUUUUCAUCUAUACUUUUCAUAGCUGUCUAUUUACCACCACAAACCAAUGCUGGCAUUAAGAUUGCACUGAAUGAGUUGUACAAGGCCAUUAAUCAACAGGAAAACGCUCAUCCAGAUGCAGCGCUCCUAGUAGCAGGGGACUUUAAUGCAGGGAAACUUAAAUCCGUUCUACCUCAUUUCUACCAGCAUGUUAAAUGUGCAACCAGAGGGGAAAAAACUCUAGACCACCUUUACUCCACACACAGAGACGCAUACAAAGCUCUCCCUCGCCCUCCAUUUGGCAAAUCUGACCAUAACUCUAUCCUCCUGAUUCCUGCUUAUAAGCAAAAACUGAAGCAGGAAGCACCAGUGACUCGGCUAAUAAAAAAGUGGUCAGAUGACGCAGAUGCUAAGCUACAGGACUGUUUUGCUAGCACAGACUGGAACAUGUUCAGGGAUUCUUCAGACAGCAUUGAGGAGUACACCACAUCAGUCACUGGCUUCAUCAAUAAGUGCAUCGAUGAUGUCGUCCCCACAGUGACCGUACGUACAUACCCCAACCAGAAGCCAUGGAUUACAGGAAACAUCCGCACUGAGCUAAAGGGUAGAGCUGCCGCUUUCAAGGAACGGGACUCUAACCCGGACGCUUAUAAGAAAUCCCGCUAUGACCUCCGACGAACCAUCAAACAGGCAAAGAGUCAAUACAGGUCUAAGAUUGAAUCAUACUACACUGGCUCUGACGCUCGUCGGAUGUGGCAGGGCUUGAAAACUAUUACAGACUACAAAGGGAAGCACAGCCGCGAGCUGCCCAGUGACACAAGCCUACCAGACGAGCUAAACCACUUCUAUGCUCGCUUCGAGGCAAGCAACACUGAAGCAUGCAUGAGAGCACCAGCUGUUCCGGACGACUAUGUGAUCACGCUCUCCGUAGCCGAUGUGAGUAAGACUUUUAAGCAGGUCAACAUUCACAAGGCCGCAGGGCCAGACGGAUUACCAGGACGUGUACUCCGAGCAUGUGCUGACCAACUGGCAAGUGUCUUCACUGACAUUUUCAACAUGUCCCUGACUGAGUCUGUAAUACCAACAUGUUUCAAGCAGACCACCAUAGUCCCCGUGCCCAAGAACUCUAAGAUAACCUGCCUAAAUGACUACCGACCCGUGGCACUGACGUCUGUAGCCAUGAAGUGCUUUGAAAGACUGGUCAUGGCUCACAUCAACAGCAUAAUCCCAGAAACCCUAGACCCACUCCAAUUUGCAUACCGCCCCAACAGAUCCACAGAUGAUGCAAUCUCUAUCGCACUCCACACUGCCCUUUCCCACCUGGACAAGAGGAACACCUACGUGAGAAUGCUAUUCAUUGACUACAGCUCAGCAUUCAACACCAUAGUGCCCUCAAAGCUCAUCACUAAGCUAAGGAUCCUGGGACUAAACACCUCCCUCUGCAACUGGAUCCUGGACUUCCUGACGGGCCGCCCCCAGGUGGUAAGGGUAGGUAACAACACAUCUGCCACACUGAUCCUCAACACGGGGGCCCCUCAGGGGUGCGUGCUCAGUCCCCUCCUGUACUCUCUGUUCACCCAUGACUGCAUGGCCAGGCACGACUCCAACACCAUCAUUAAGUUUGCCGACGACACAACAGUGGUAGGCCUGAUCACCGACAACGAUGAGACAGCCUAUAGGGAGGAGGUCAGAGAUCUGGCCGUGUGGUGCCAGGACAACAACCUCUCCCUCAACGUGACCAAGACAAAGGAGAUGAUUGUGGACUACAGGAAAAAAAAGAGGACUGAGCACGCCCCCAUUCUCAUCGACGGGGCUGUAGUGGAACAGGUUGAGAGCUUCAAGUUCCUUGGUGUCCACAUCACCAACGAACUAUCAUGGUCCAAACACACCAAGACAGUCGUGAAGAGGGCACGACAAAGCCUAUUCCCCCUCAGGAGACUAAAAAGAUUUGGCAUGGGUCCUCAGAUCCUCAAAAAAUUCUACAGCUGCACCAUCGAGAGCAUCCUGACUGGUUGCAUCACCGCCUGGUAUGGCAACUGCUUGGCCUCUGACCGCAAGGCACUACAGAGGGUAGUGCGUACGGCCCAGUACAUCACUGGGGCAAAGCUCCCUGCCAUCCAGGACCUCUAUACCAGGCGGUGUCAGAGGAAGGCCCUCAAAAUUGUCAAAGACUCCAGUCACCCUAGUCAUAGACUGUUCUCUCUGCUACCGCACGGCAAGCGGUACCGGAGUGCCAAGUCUAGGUCCAAAAGACUUCUCAACAGCUUCUACCCCCAAGCCAUAAGACUCCUGAACAGCUAAUCAUGGCUACCCGGACUAUUUGCACUGCCCCCCCACCCCAUCCUUUUUACGCUGCUGCUACUCUGUUAAGUAUUUAUGCAUAGUCACUUUAACUCUACCCACAUGUACAUAUUACCUCAACUAGCCGGUGCCCCCGCACAUUGACUAUGCAACGGUACCCCCCUGUAUAUAUAGCCUCCCUACUGUCACUUUAUUCUAUUGUAUAUAUAGCCUCCCUACUGUCACUUUAUUUUUUUACUUCUGCUCUUUUUUUCUCAACACUUUUUUGUUGUUGUUUUAUUCUUACUUUUUUGUUUAAAAUAAAUGCACUGUUGGUUAAGGGCUGUAAGUAAGCAUUUCACUGUAAUGUCUGCACCUGUUGUAUUCGGCGCAUGUGACCAAUAAAAUUUGAUUUGAUUUGAUUCUGUUGUACUUUGUGAUCUACUAGCUUUAUGUAAAACAGUAUUCCCUGGCCUCCCUCUAACUGAGAGAAUGCUUUGUGCUCUCUCUCUGUCUCCAGGGUAACUUUGGGAAGGUGAUGCUCUAUGUGUAUGACCCAGCCAACGACGGGACAGGGGACUAUGUGGCAGUGAAGGCCCUGAAGCAUGAGGGAGGCAGCCAUCUCCAUGAAGGCUGGAUGAAGGAGAUUGAGAUCCUCAAGUCUCUUUACCACAGCAACAUAGUCAAGUACAAAGGCUGCUGCUCUGAGCUGGGUGAGUAGCAUGUGAUCCAGUCAAGCUCACCUGUCUGUCAUCCACCUGAUGUAUAUGACCAGCAGUCUCAUUUUCAUACAAUGCUUGUUUAUUACGUUUCUUGCUUGGCUCCUUCCUACGUAUUACAUGUUCAUGUGUGGGGGUUUCCAGCAUCUGUUCACAUAUACAGUAAACAUGUGUAGGGUAGCAUCUGUAUGUAUGAGUGUAAAUGCCUGUUUUGUUGUUGUCUCUCCACAGGAGGGCAGAUGGUACAGCUGAUUAUGGAGUACCUACCCCUGGGCAGCCUCAAAGAGUACCUAUUCAAACACCGCCUGGGCGUGGCUCACAGCCUCCUCUUUGCACAGCAGAUCUGCCAGGUGAGACAAGAGCACUGCAUGGGGGGCUGGUAAUAUAAAGAUAUACAGUGCUAUGAAAAAGUAUUUGCCCCCUUUCUAAUUUUCUCUACUUUUGCAUAUUUGUGAUACUGAAUGUUAUCAGAUCUUCAACCAAAACCUAAUAUUAGAUAAAGGGAACGUAAGUGAAUAAAUAACACUACAAUUACAUAUUUAUUUAAUAAACAAAGUUAUGCAACACCCAAUUCUUACUGUGGAAUGCAGUGUUUGGUUUUCGCCAGGCAUAAUGGGACCCAUCUCAUCCAAAAAGUUGACUCAAGUUUGCCAAAAAGCACCUGGAUGAUCAUCAAGACUCUUGGAAGAACGUUCUAUGGACAGAUUAUUCAAAAGUAUAACUUUUUGGACAACAUGGUUCCAGUAAUGCCUGGCGAAAACCAAACUCUGCAUUCCACAGUAAGAAUAUUUUACCAAAGGUCAAGCAUGGUGGUGGUGGUGUGAUGGUUUGGGGAUGCUUUGCUGCCUCAGGACCUGGACGACUUGCCUUACUAGAAGGAACCAUGAAUUCUGCUCUGUAUCAGAGAAUUCUACAGGAGAAUGUCAGACCAUCCGUCUGUGAGCUGAAGCUGAAGCGCAGCUGGGUCAUGCAGCAAGACAAUGAUCCAAAACACACAAUCAAGUCUACAUGAAAAUUGCUAAAAAGCAACAAAUUGGACGUUUUGGAAUGGCCUAGUCAAAGUCCAGACCUAAUCCCAAUUGAGAUGUUGUGGCAGGACUUGAAACGAGCAGUUCAUGCUUGAAAACCCACACGUCACUGAGUUAAAGCAGUUCUGCAUGGAAGAGUGGGCCAAAAUUCCUCCACAGCGACGUGAGAGACUGAUCAACAACUACAGGAAGCAUUUGGUUGGAGUCAUUGCAGCUAAAGGUGGCACAACCAGUUAUUGAGUGUAAGGGGGCAAUUACUUUUUCACACAGGGGAAUUGGGUGUUGCAUAACUUUGUUCAUGAAAUAAAUAUGUAAUUGUUGUGUUAUUUGUUCACUUAUGUUCCCUUUAUCUAAUAUUAGGUUUUGCUUGAAGAUCUGAUAACAUUCAGUAUCACAAAUAUGCAAAAGAAGAGAAAAUUAGAAAGGGGGCAAAUACUUUUUCAUAGCACUGUACGUAAUCUAGAUUCCUUCUAAUGUUCUGUUUAGUUCUAUGGCUGGUAUACUGUUUGGGUUCAAUUUGAAGAUUUGCUAUCCAAUAUUGGAAUAUUGUUUUAUACAGCAAAGGAUGAAAGUACUGUAUUUUCUUCUCUAACCACCACUCUCUUUGGCCUUGGCCUCCCUCAUCUCUCCUCCUGCUGUUUUUCCUCUCCUUUUAAGGGGAUGGAUUACCUGCACUCCAGGCGAUACAUCCACCGGGACUUGGCUGCCCGGAACGUACUGGUGGAAAAUGAGCAUCUGGUGAAGAUUGGGGACUUUGGCUUGACCAAAUACAUCCCAGAGGGAGAUGUUUACUACCGUGUGCGUGAGGAUGGAGACAGCCCUGUGUACUGGUGAGUCCUGGAGCCAUUGAGCAAUUACUUCCCUGCUGGGCUCUUGGCUGCUAAUUUAGAGUCCAGAUGUGUGCAUUAAAAAGGUGUCUUACAGUAACCUUUGACUAAUUCUACAGGUAUGCGAUUGAGUGUCUGAAGGAGAGCAAGUUUUCCUUCUCUUCAGACAUUUGGUCCUUUGGCGUGACACUCUAUGAGGUCCUGACCCACUGUGACAAUCGUCAGAGCCCUCCAGCGGUACGAAACCACACCCUCUGUCUCUCUCAACCAGCUCAGUCUAAAUCUGCAUGAUCCAUUUAAUCAAGGCCACCAACCCUUUACAUAAUAGUGAUGCAGUCAGUGUGUGGUUUGGUGAGUAUUUAUUGUGACGUGUGCGUUUGUAUGUGUUUUUUAUAGAAGUUCAUUCAGAUGAUGGGGAACGUGCAGGGUCAGAUGACGGUGAUGGUGCUGAUCAAGCUGCUGGAGAAACACAAUAGGUUGCCCUGCCCCCGAGACUGUCCUCCUGAGGUAAAGCAUACAGCUAAACACUCACACAGUCUUCAUUAUUUCUGUAGGCCAAAUGCACCUAGGGAAAUGAACAUGUCUUGUUUUCAACAGGUGCACAUGUUGAUGCAGCAGUGUUGGGACUUUGACCCCGCGAGAAGGCCAUCUUUCAAAUCCCUCAUUGAGACCAUUGAAGCGAUUCGCAAGACGUAUGAAUGGCAACCCAAUGUGCAGCUGGCCCAAAUUAGCCAA